UAUAAUGGCCUUGUAAGCUAGGGUUUCGUGCUUUUGGUUGCCGCCUGCCUGUUCACACUUCUCUCGCGUCGCCGCUCCCGGCCUCUAAUGGCGAUCCAACAACAGGACGUUAAGCUGUUCAAUCGAUGGUCCUUCGACGAUGUCGAGAUCAGUGACAUGUCCCUUGCUGAUUACAUUGCUGUAAUUCCACCCAAGCAUGCCACAUAUCUUCCACAUACUGCUGGAAGAUACUCUGCUAAGAGGUUCCGCAAGGCUCAAUGCCCAAUUGUUGAAAGGCUUACAAAUUCAUUGAUGAUGCAUGGACGGAAUAAUGGAAAGAAGCUUAUGGCUGUACGCAUAAUUAAACAUACGAUGGAAAUUAUUCAUUUGCUUACCGAUGCAAAUCCAAUCCAAAUUAUGGUUGAUGCGAUCAUUAACAGUGGUCCAAGAGAAGAUGCCACUCGAAUUGGAUCGGCUGGUGUUGUAAGACGUCAGGCAGUUGAUAUCUCACCCCUGAGACGUGUUAACCAGGCAAUUUACCUCCUCACUACUGGUGCGCGUGAAAGUGCUUUCAGAAACAUCAAAACAAUUGCUGAGUGCCUCGCUGAUGAGCUAAUUAAUGCUGCCAAGGGUUCUUCCAACAGCUAUGCUAUCAAGAAAAAGGAUGAGAUUGAGCGUGUGGCCAAGGCAAAUCGUUGAGCAUAUCUUGCAAAUUUAUAUGAUGCUCCAAAUUUAUGCUUUCUCCUUGAUCGCUUUAAUUUUGUUUCGGUUGUUUAUGUGCUAGUAAAAUUUCUUGGUAGACUUGGCUGUAUCUUAAGCUAAACGAGUAUGUAAACGUGCAUUUGUUUUUGCUAAGUUGGAGACUUUGAUGUUGGACUA